CUGAAGCCCGCUAGGAUUGCCAACCAGGGGUCCAUGCACCGGCCGUGGGUCGCCUUAGAUGCUCUUGGGCAGGCGGGGGGAAGCUGAGAUGAUGGAAAGGAUAAGAAAAGAGAUGAUCCUGAUGGAGCGAGGCUUGCACAGCCCCGCGCCCGGCAAAAGGCUGGCCAACCUGUCCGACUCGGCAGGCAACGCGGUGCUGGAGGCCCUGGAAAACUCGCCCCACGGAGGCCGCCUCAGCCCCCGGCUCCACGCCUCGCUCGGAGACCUGCCUCCGACCAAAGGCAAGUUCGAGAUCGACGCCCUCUUCGGCCUCCCGCACCCCAACAGCGACGGAGGAGGCGCCGAUCUGGCCCCAGCCUCGGAAGGCAGGAAGAAGAUGAGCCACUACGCCGAAGUAGUAGCUCCGGAGUCCGAGAUGAACAGCGACGUGGAGGUGGGCUGCUCCGCGCUCCGCUCGCCCGCCGGCCUCGCUGCCUCCCAGCUGAAGGAGAACAACAACAAAGGCUACUCCGAAAGCGGCUCGACCCCCAGCACCACCACUUCUUCCUCGGCCUCCUCGGGUUCCAGCCUGGGAGGCCUCCACGGCGGGAGCGCCCUGGGCACUGCCAACUCCAGCGCCGACCAAGUCCGCAGGUACCGCACCGCCUUCACCCGGGAGCAGAUCGCCCGGCUGGAGAAGGAGUUCUACCGGGAGAACUAUGUCUCCCGGCCCAGAAGGUGCGAGCUGGCCGCGGCGCUCAACCUCCCCGAGACCACCAUCAAGGUGUGGUUCCAGAACCGGCGCAUGAAGGACAAGCGGCAGCGCCUGGCUAUGUCGUGGCCGCACCCGGCGGACCCCAGCUUCUACACCUACAUGAUGACCCACGCGGCGGCCACGGGGAGCCUGCCCUACCCCUUCCACUCCCACGUCCCCCUCCACUACUACCCCCACGUCGGGGUCACUGCCGCCGCAGCAGCCGCCGCCGCCUCCGGGGCCGCCGCCGCCGCCGCCUCCUCGCCCUUCGCCACCUCCAUCCGCCCUCUGGACACCUUCCGCGCCCUCUCCCACCCCUACUCCCGCCCGGAGCUCCUCUGCAGCUUCAGGCACCCGGGCCUCUACCAGUCCCCCGCCGCCGCAGCAGCCGCCGCCGGCCUCAACAGCACCGCCGCCGCAGCUGCAGCCGCCGCCGCCGCCGCCUCCUCGGCCCCUCCGUCGGCCUCGGCCCCCUGUUCCUGCCUCAGCUGCCACAGCAGCCAGUCCGCGGCGGCGGCGGCGGCAGCGGCUGCAGCGCUGGGCUCCCGCGGCUCCUCGGCCUCGGACUUCCCCUGCAGCGGGGCGGCGGCCGGGGCGGCCUCGCAGCGGGCCUCCGAGAGCGGCUUCCUGCCUUACUCGGCCGCCGUCCUCAGCAAGACCGCCGUGCCCUCCCCGGACCAGCGGGAGGAGGCGCCCUUGACCAGAUAA